AUGAACAUAAUUCGUUGUCUCAAUGAAAAUGAAUAUUCAAAUAAUGCUAGUUCUGAAGUUGAGAAAUCGUAAGAAAAGAAGGAACUUAGACCUCGAAAUAAUUUAGGGCCUGGUGUUUUUUAAGAAUAUAAACGAACUUACGUUAAGGUACCGUCUAAUGCAAAGGAAUAGCUUGCUUAGUUGGUAUUCAUGGAAGGGUUUAAAAUCAAAGAUGCUGCUAAAAAAUUGGGCAUCAAAUACGCCACGGCUAAGACCAUAAUAUUCCAUAUGCGCAAAGAAAACGUGAAAAAGAUGAAGAUAAAGUCCAAAAACUGCAAAUAUACCUCAAUAUCGGAAAAUAGAAUCCUAAAAUACAAAAUUAUUUCCACUCUUUCAAGUAGGGUUGUAUCUUCAAAGGAAUUUAAGGUUUUUUUUUAACAAAAUGAUUAAUAUCAAGGAUUGAAAACUGUAUGA